CACCUCGCAGGGCGGACAGUGCUUCCUUGUCAAGAUGGCGGCUCCCUUGACACUACUUUUAAUUUUAUCCGUUACUAUCCGUGCAGCUCUUUACAGAUCCAGCUUGGCGGACUUAAUUGCGGAGCGAGUGGAGGUCGUGUCUCCGCUAACCGCCUGGAAAAGAGUUGUUGAAGGUUUGGCUCUUCUUGACUUGGGAGUCUCACCGUACUCUGGAGAUGUUUUCCAUGAGACUCCUCUCAUCAUUUACCUCUUUCACUUUGUGGUGGACUAUGCAGAGAUAACAUUCAUGCUGGCAGAUGUGAUCACUGCUGUGGCUCUCUACAUGGCUGUGAAGGACUACAACAAACAAGUGUUCAGAAAGCAGAAAUUUGCCUUGGAGGCAGACCGCUACCCCCUCGACUGUCUGGAGCUCAUCAGAAGCCCCAAAGAAAUGUACUACAUCCCUCUGAAAGUUGCCAUGUUUUACCUGUUGAACCCGUUCACCAUCCUGUCCUGCGUCGCCAAGUCAACCUGUGGUCUGAACAACACCGUCAUCGCCCUCUUCAUUCUCACUACAAUAAAAGGAAAUGUCUUGCUGAGCGCCAUAUUUCUGUCCUUGGCCACAUAUCAGUCCAUCUAUCCUCUCACUCUGUGCGCUCCAGCGCUCCUGUAUUUGAUGCAGCGUCAGUACAUCCCGGUGAACUUUCGGCGUGCCAGCUUCUGGUGGUUCAUCGCGCAGUACGCCUUCAUGUACCUGGGCAGCCUGUUUGUGAUCAUCUGUCUCUCCUUUUUCCUGCUCGGCUCGUGGGACUACGUGCCGUCUGUCUACGGCUUCAUUCUCUCAGUACCAGACCUGACCCCAAACAUCGGCCUCUUCUGGUAUUUCUUCGCCGAGAUGUUUGAACACUUUCGCCUCUUCUUCCUCUGCGUCUUCCAGAUCAACGUUUUCUUCUACACCAUCCCUCUGUCGGUCAAACUCAAGGAGCAUCCAGUGUUUCUGAUCUUCAUGCAGUUGGCUGUGAUCUCCAUCUUUAAGUCUUACCCCACGGUGGGAGACAUUGCUCUCUACCUGGCCUUCCUUCCUGUCUGGAGUCACCUACACAGAUUCUUGAGGAACAUCUUCCUGGUGUCCUGCGUCCUGCUGGCCUGUUCGGCUCUGUUCCCGGUUCUCUGGCACCUCUGGAUCUACGCCGGCAGCGCCAACUCCAACUUCUACUACGCCAUAACGCUGCUGUUCAACGUGGCACAGAUUCUGCUGGUGUCUGAUUAUUUCUACGCUUUCCUGAGGCGGGAACACCACCUCAGCUAUGGACUGUACCUGAAGAGGAAAGAUGGCUCCGAGGCUACGCUAGUUCUCAAAUAAAACACACACACACACACACCUGCAUACACACUCAUGCUCACAUCACCUGGCCAGCAGCCUCUACCAGGAAAGAGAAACAUUAUCCUCACCGGGAACAAACACAAGCUGAGGAGGAUAAAAGACUUUCAGAGCCACACUGGUCCUCAGACAGAACAUUAGCGCACACACGCAGGAUGUGUGUCUGGUACUGCGUCAUAUGCCGACUGCAAGUCACAACACUCAACAUGACAGACACAUGCAGAGAUGGGAUGAACAAAUCUGACUCCUGCCAUGUGACACAAAAUAUCCUCUUUUCACAUUCUCCUCUGGAGCGCUCUUCUUUUGAAGCCUCACUCGACCUGGAACCUGCGCUGGCGAGGGUGGCUUUUAUUUGUUGAAGCUGUCUUCCUCCUGACAGCCACACUGGAAACAUUUUGUUUUGAUCCUCUGUUUGUCCUGCAGCUCCGUCCUGCACCAACCCCUCAACCAGCUUUUUUUUUUUUUCUGGAAGGAAACGUCACUCUGCGGGGGCUUUUUAUUUUAAGGCCUCUUUAAACACUCAAAAAAUAAUAGAAAUGUGAGAGAGUCUCACUGGUUUAAUAGUUCCUGAUAAUCCAGCUCUUGCGCACACACACAUUUGUUGUGUUGUUUCAUGUUUACAUGAUUACAUUUGUUUAAAAACUGGGUUCCUUUUGUGGCAAGAAAAGGAAAACUAUUUUAAGAAUUUUGUCUGGAAGCAUAAAAAUGUUUCUCUCUCAGUCGCGCUUUUUCUCACCACUUUUUUUCCUGUUUGCCUUUCGCACUAUUUUUCUUUUUUUUUUUUUUUACAUUUUGCUCUUGUAAUGAACAAAUUGCAGAUUAACUGUGUUGCAUCUCAUCACAGAUGAAAUACUAACCUCAUUGUGGUACAUAAAACGUAACACUACCUGGACCUGUGAUAGCUUCAGCUGCCUGAAAACAGAUAUUUCUCAAAAAGGUUUGGAUACUGAUCACUAAGCCUCUGACAAAGACAACAGUGAAUGUGUUUUAACAUCUGAAGUGCUAAAGUUCAGGAUCUGUGGGGAGCAGAAACAUAAUCUUUUUAGUUAAAGGGGACCUGAAGUGUCCGUGUGUUUUCUGCUUUUCAGAAUUACAGCUUCAUAAUUUUUAUUCUCCUAAAAAGUUUUCUAUAAUUAGCGGCCAAAUGAACAGCUAAAGUUUAAUAUUUUCCUCUAUUUCUGCAUGCACGAUCAAAGAUAAUAUAAUGAAGUUAUUGUUAAAUUUAACAUGUAAAAUGAAUCAUUCCCUACACAAGUCAUAAAGUGUUUGCUCGUCAGUUCAGGAUGUGAGGCGACUCUCAUGUAAAGGACAAAUUAAAUACGAUUAUUUUAGAUGUUAGAGUUAGAUGAGACGAUCGUUAUCACACUCGUGUUUGCACGGCAAAUCUGAAGCUACAGCCAGCAGCUGCUUCGCUUAGCUGCUUGCACAGAUUAAACAAACAGGUAACAUGUAAAGUUGUUAAAUCAGCGAGCUUUUACAGAUGCUAGGCGGCAGAUUAUCUAUCAGGGUGGAAUCAAUCCUCUCAUCAAACUCGAUGUUAUUCAAAGUAAAUAACCGUAGUUCCCAAAAUUUGUCAAAUUUUAAAUUGAAUCUUUCCAAUGUGACACAAAUGCAUCUUAAAUCACAGCGUGUCCCAAAUCCACCCUAUAAUACUAUUUAAAAAAAAUCAACAUUUACCAUUUUAUACUAACAGGAAAUUAUACAUUAUGAGCAACUUCUCACUGCCAGUUAAACUUCAUAAACAGAAAGCCAAAAAUAUCUCUUAAGAUUUAAUAAUUGUUUUGUUCUCCCCUGGCUUUUUGGAGUUUUCUCACCACGAUCUGCAGUUUAUUUAGAUUUCUCUAAUCUUAUAUCUGUGAGCAGCUCCUCCAUUUUCCCCUGUGGGAGAAUAAUGUCCAUCAACAGCAGUCAAAAAUCAACCGUUCCGCAUGGAAACUUUUUAAAAUGCUUAGUUUUGUCGCGUUUCCAGUGAGGACACGACAUUCUCAAACCCUGUUUUGAAUUAGUGUGGAAUUGGGCUUGUCUUUUCAUUUGAUUACCUUUCUCCUUUAUAUGGAAAACCAAGACUGUGAUGAAGAAUUUCAUAACAAAACAUCACAAAACAUGUCUGCCUGUAGAAGAAGCUACUGACGUUCAGCAUCUUAAAGAUCUUUGAAGGAUUCAGUUCACAACCUUAAAAUAAGCCUUAAAAGCCUCAGAAGUGUUGGGACAGCGAUCUAAAGAUUGUUCUUUUUUUAAAUUCGUUUUACUUUAUAAUAUAAUAUAAACUCCACAGAUUAAUGUUUUUGGUUUCUCUCGGCCUCCCUGUGAAAAUAAUGAUCUAAGCAACAACAAGUUUCACGCAAAGAAAAGAUCCACUGAAAGCAUUUUAACAAAAGAGUUUAUUAUUGUAAACUUCACAUGAAAAAUAACUCUUACUGUCCACUAACAUACAAACAUGAACUGUUGAACACAAACACAGAUACUUUAACGUCUGUCUUCAACGGCGGCCAUGUUGAUUCCAAUGAGUGAAAAGUAAUUUGUGAUAUUUAUUUAUUUGCUGCACUAAAAGCUUUGCUAAGAGAUUUAUUUUGUUUUUG